CCGCAGGAGGUGAGCGUGGGGCUCUCGCCACCGCAGCUCGCCACCGCCGCCCGACGGGACGCUUGCCCUGCGCGCGCCGCCACCGCCAGAGCCCGGACACCAAGCUCGCCUGCCGGCGGCGCCACCGCCUUCGCCAUGACCAAGAAAACACUAGAAAUUUACUCUGUGGAGCUCAGUGGAACCAAAGACAUCCAACAAACAGACAAGGGGAAUGGCAAGGAGAAGUACAGAGGCUUGAAGAACUGCUUCGAACCCAGAAAGAAUCACUAUAAGGAGGAGCUUAGGAAAGAAGUGGAUCUGGAUGACCACAAACUCAGCAUUAAGGAACUGGAAAAGAAAUAUGAUACAAACAUCAUUACAGGUCUCUCCAGCACCCAAGCUGCUGAGCUCUUGGCUCGGAAUGGACCCAAUGCCCUCACUCCUCCCAAGGAAACACCAGAGAUCAUCAAGUUCCUUAAGCAGAUGGUCGGGGGGUUCUCCAUCCUUCUGUGGAUAGGAGCCAUCCUGUGCUGGAUUGCUUAUGGGAUCCAGUAUUCCAUGAAUACAUUCUCAUCCCUGGACAAUGUAUACUUGGGCUGCGUGCUUGCCUUGGUCGUUAUUUUAACAGGGAUCUUCGCUUACUAUCAAGAGGCAAAAAGCACGAACAUCAUGGCCACCUUCAAUAAGAUGAUCCCACAGCAAGCUCUUGUCAUUCGAGACUCAGAGAAGACAACAAUCCCGGCAGAGGAGCUAGUGGUGGGGGACAUAGUGGAGAUUAGAGGAGGAGACCGGAUCCCUGCAGACAUCAGGUUGUUGUCUGUUCAGGGCUGUAAGGUAGAUAACUCAUCUCUCACUGGAGAAUCUGAACCCCAGCCCCGUUCCUCUGAGUUUACCCACAAUAGUCCCCUGGAAACAAAGAACAUUGGUUUCUAUUCUACAACCUGUCUGGAAGGCACAGCAACUGGCAUGGUCAUCAACACGGGUGACCGCACCAUCAUUGGUCAGAUCGCCUCACUGGCUUCAGGAGUUGGAAAUGAGAAGACACCCAUUGCCAUUGAGAUCCAGCACUUUGUUCAUAUUGUGGCAGGAGUGGCCGUCUCCAUUGGCAUCCUUUUCUUCAUCAUCGCAGUGUCCCUGAAGUAUCAGGUCCUGGACUCCAUCAUCUUCCUCAUUGGCAUCAUUGUGGCCAAUGUGCCCGAGGGUCUCCUGGCCACUGUCACUGUGACUCUGUCACUGACAGCUAAACGGAUGGCCAAGAAGAACUGCCUGGUGAAGAACCUGGAAGCAGUGGAGACCCUCGGCUCCACCUCUAUCAUUUGCUCAGACAAGACUGGGACUCUGACCCAGAACAGGAUGACCGUGGCCCAUCUGUGGUUCGACAAUCAGAUAUUCAUAGCUGACACCAGUGAAGACCAUUCAAACCAAGUCUUUGAUCAAAGCUCUGGAACCUGGGCCUCCUUAUCAAAGAUAAUAACAUUGUGUAACAGAGCUGAGUUCAGUCCCGGACAAGAAAGUGUCCCCAUCAUGAAGAGAGUUGUGGUUGGAGAUGCCUCCGAAACUGCUCUUUUGAAGUUCUCAGAGGUCAUUUUAGGUGAUGUGAUGGAGAUUAGAAAAAGAAACCACAAAGUAGCUGAAAUCCCUUUUAACUCAACCAACAAAUUUCAGCUCUCCAUACACAAAACCGAUGACCCCAAUGACCAGCGCUUCCUCCUGGUGAUGAAAGGGGCUCCUGAGAGGAUCUUAGAGAAGUGCAGCACCAUCAUGGUCAAUGGCCAGAAGCAGCCUCUGGACAAGAACACAGCCGAGGCCUUCCACACAGCGUACAUGGAGUUGGGAGGCCUGGGGGAGCGUGUGCUGGGUUUCUGUCAUCUCUACCUGCCAGCAGACGAGUUUCCAGAAACUUACACAUUUGAUGUAGAUACCAUGAAUUUUCCCACGUCUAACCUCUGUUUUGUGGGGCUGUUAUCAAUGAUUGAUCCCCCUCGGUCCACUGUACCUGAUGCAGUCACCAAAUGUCGAAGUGCAGGGAUCAAGGUUAUUAUGGUUACAGGUGAUCAUCCAAUCACAGCAAAAGCUAUUGCCAAGAGUGUGGGUAUCAUUUCAGCCAACAGUGAAACAGUGGAAGACAUUGCAAAACGCCUCCACAUUGCUGUGGAACAAGUUAACAAGCGGGACGCUAAAGCUGCAGUGGUGACUGGCAUGGAGCUGAAGGACAUGAGCCCAGAACAGCUGGAUGAGCUCUUAACCAACUACUCAGAGAUCGUCUUUGCCCGGACAUCCCCCCAGCAGAAGCUGAUCAUUGUGGAGGGCUGUCAAAGGCAGAAUGCAGUUGUUGCUGUGACAGGAGAUGGCGUUAAUGACUCUCCAGCUCUAAAGAAGGCAGAUAUUGGGAUUGCCAUGGGGAUAGCAGGUUCUGAUGCAGCCAAAAAUGCAGCUGACAUGAUCUUGUUGGAUGACAACUUUGCAUCCAUAGUCACAGGGGUGGAGGAAGGUCGCCUGAUCUUUGACAACCUAAAGAAGACUAUCGCUUACACCCUGACCAAGAACAUUGCUGAACUGUGUCCCUUUCUGAUCUACAUCAUUGUUGGGCUUCCCCUACCCAUUGGCACCAUUACUAUCUUGUUCAUCGACUUGGGCACAGACAUAAUCCCCUCCAUUGCCUUGGCUUAUGAGAAAGCUGAAAGUGACAUUAUGAACAGGAAGCCUCGCCACAAGAAGAAGGACAGACUGGUGAAUCAGCAACUUGCCAUAUACUCUUACCUGCACAUUGGCCUCAUGCAAGCUGUGGGAGCUUUUGUUGCCUAUUUCACUGUGUAUGCACAGGAGGGCUUUAAACCCAGCAUUCUCAUUAACAUCCGGGUGGAAUGGGAAGAUAGCAAUGUGAAUGACUUGGAAGACAGCUACGGACAACAGUGGACAUGGUACCAAAGGAAAUACUUAGAAUGGAUGGGCUAUACGGCUUUCUUUGUUGGCAUCAUGGUCCAACAAAUAGCAGAUCUAAUCAUCAGGAAAACCAGGAGGAACUCCAUCUUCCAGCAGGGUCUCUUCAGAAAUAAAGUCAUCUGGGUGGGGAUUGCCUCACAGAUUAUCAUUGCAUUAACCCUCUCCUAUGGGCUUGGAAGUGUCACGGCCCUAAAUUUCACGAUGCUCCGGCCUCAGUAUUGGUUUGUGGCUGUGCCAUUUGCCAUUCUGAUUUGGGUGUAUGAUGAGGUGCGAAAACUUUUCAUCAGACUCUACCCUGGAAGCUGGUGGGAUAAGAACAUGUAUUAUUAAGACCACCCUAUUUCCCAAGCCUCCCAGUGUUCUUCAUCUUCUGGCUGCAUCUGGAAGACCCCUGCAACAGCAACUUAUCAAAAUGCAGAAAGAGAAGGCAAAAAAUAGUAUGAAAGAUACUUACUAAGGUUUUGUACUUUCAGAGAUUCAGCUGUUUAUAUAUGAUUUGCCUCUCUAUACCCAUCUUCCUGUUCAAAAAUAGGUGAACUUCAAGGGAAGAAUGACAUGUUGAUAUGUAUAUAAAGUUCACUCACGUUAAGUAGUCUUGGGUAAUCCAGUCACCUGUUCAGAUAUUCCUGCUAGAUAAGAUUGCUCAAACCUCCAUUCCAUACCUAACUAAAAGUCCAGUGACCUCCCUAGAUACUCUGAAUGGGACUUCAUCAAGAUCAAAAGCUUUUGCACAGCAAAGGAAAUAGUUAACAAAUCCCAGAGAGUUUUUAAUUUCAUAGUCCCCAUGCUUAAAAAAUGGUUACUUAGCUAAAGGUUUGCAAAAGGUGGAAGUGAUGGCAGAUUUACAUCACAGCAAUAUGGGCAACCUCAGUUUUGACUUUCAGACAUCCUUCUUAACUGUUCCCAGUCACCCACUGCAUCCCUAUUUAUCCCGUACCAUCUCACCAGUCCUUUGGGGCCCUCCCUCCUCCCAGCUGGACUCCUCCCUCCACGUCGCCCUCAACUCCAAAACUGAGCUCCAUGUCCAUUUUGCACAGCCCAGCUCCAGAUGUUCUCCCAACCCAAAGAGGUUUUCAUUUACCGUGAUUCAGCCUCAAUAGGGAUGCACUGGGGUUUAAAAUAGUAGUAUUUAUUUCAUGUAAAAUGGUUGCAAAGUACUCUCUGGCACUAAUUUUAUACCAGUUAAGUUUCAUGCUUUAACUUCACUUUAUUCAUGUGUGACGCAUACAUCUAUGUUGACAGCCCCCAGGAGGCCUCAUUUUUAAGUAAAAGGUGUUUUAUAAAACCCA